AGUAAAUCUGCUUUGAAGUGAAGAAAGAAAACCCAGGAAGACUGAACUCUUCUCCUUUCCAGCUCCUUUCCUCCAUUGGUUCUUCCUCAGAAGAAUCCAGCUCUCCACAAGAGACUUCUACCUUCUGGAACCAUCUGGGACUGGAUUUCAGUUGGGGAAGGUUGCAGAGGCAACUGUCCCUGCCUGAGGGCAGCAACCGUUCCCCAGGGAGGCAGUGAUAUCCCAGAAGAGGUGCUGACAUCCCAACAUAGCCACCCCUCUGCAACAGAAUUCACUCAAUCAGGUUGUUCCACAACUCACCAACAUGGCAAAAGCCCCUGUGUCCCAUUACACUCCAUUGUCUACAUCUUUCACUUCUGUUGUGUCAUACAAUAAAGGCUGGAACAUUUUAAUAUUUGAGGAGUUGAGCAGAAACAUUGAGAAGGCCUUGAAAGAAGGGAAGUUGUUGGAAGUUGUCUCUGUGGUCAGGGAGACUAUGGAGAGAGCAUCCAGAACCCAAGUGAGCAUUGCUGUGACUGGGGAGUCAGGCAAUGGUAUGUCAUCCUUCAUAAAUGCACUGCGGUUCCUUGGACAUGAGGAGGAGGCCUCAGCUCCCAUUGGAGUGGUGAGGACCACCCAGACAAGAGGAAGCUACACUUCUUCCCAUUUUCCUAAUGUGGUGCUGUGGGACCUACCUGGCAUGGGGACUACUGCUCAAGGUCUAGAGAACUAUCUGAAAGAGAUGCAGUUCAGCCAUUAUGAUCUCUUUAUCAUCAUUGCAUCUGAGCAGUUCAGCAUUAAUCAUGUAAAACUUGCCAGAGCCAUUCAGAGAAUGGGAAAGAGGUUCUAUGUUGUCUGGACUAAGCUGGACAGGGAUCUCAGCACAAGUGCCCUCUCAAAGGGACAGCUAUUGCAGAAUAUUCAAAAGAAUAUCAAGGAAAAUUUUCAGAAGGUGCGGGUAUGUGAACCUCCCAUGUUUCUGGUAUCCAACUUUGACCCUUUAUUGCAUGACUUCCCAAAGCUUAGGAACACAUUGCAAAUAGACCUCCUGGGCAUUAGGUGCCGAGGUCCCUUAGACACACUUUCCCAUAUUUGUGAGGAGACCAUUAAUGAUAAAGUGAACUCCUUGAAGGGGAGAUUAUCCACAGAAUAUUUGGAAGACAUUCUAGGCAUUAGGAAUGCUGAUGACUUGGGGGAGUGUCUGGAAGCAUACAAAUUGCUCUUUGGUGUGGAUAAUGCAUCACUUCAGCAGGUGGCUCAGAGUAUGGGGACAUGGGCUUCUGAGUACAUGACCAUCAUGAAGUCCCAGGAUUUGCACACUCUCUGUGGAAGCGACUGGAAAAUGAAACUCAUGACUUGUUUAAUCAUGAGGGCAUUGCUAAAACUUUUUAGGUAUAUCCCAUUCUUAGGCAACCUUGUCAUCCACUGCUUCAGAUACAUGAGACACAGGAGAAUCCUUGAGUUAGUUGCUCAGGACACCAAGAAUAUCCUGAUGAAAAUUCUGAAGAAUGUGUGCUCUCCACCUGAUAACAAUUUUGGGAAUGAUCCAGCCAGCUUGUUCUUUGGGGGAAGUUAGCUUGACUCAGGAUCCCAUUCUCAGUCUGGUCUCUCUUUCUCCACUAGGAGAAUCAAGGAAUUUCCACUAGAAAUCAAGAGAUUUAACUCAACAUUUCCUAUUCCUGUUAAGGUUCAUACAUUCUUUGAAAGGAAUUAAGAAAAUCACUUGUAUUCCUUUGUCUAAUCUUAAUGUACUCUUCUUUUGAGAAACAAGUAUUGCUGAAUUCAUUAAUGAAGUUUCCUGGGUUCAGUAUAUAUACAUUUUGGUAGUAAUUGUUAAUUGUGAUAUAGAUCUGUUUUUCCACUAAAGUAUUAAAGUUAAUGAGUGGAAACAUUCUACCAGAUACUCCCCAGAAUGUACAAAGUGAAUUUGUUUUCAGGGGAAAUAUGUAGAGAAACUGCAUACUUGGUGUCUAGGGUUGUGUAGCAAUAGGAGUGGAAGUGUCUAUGUUGUGUGGAAGCUACCAUGCUUGAUGAAAAAAGAAACUCAAGCAUGAUCAGGAUCCUGGCAGUCAGAAGAAAUUUCUCAUACUUUGUAUGACAUUAACAACUCAAUUUAAAAAGUACUUUAAUCCAAUGAGUCAAAUAUGGAAAUUUUAAGUAUAGGUGAAAUGUUCAUUUUAAGAGAAUGUUGAUAGUGAUAGUAGAGUGGAACAGACAUUAUUGCCUCAUACAUACAUGACUGCAUGACUAAUGUGACCCUACAAUAUGUAUCAUCAGAAAAAUUAGAGAUUACACUCCAUUUUUGUAUGAUCUAUCAAAAUAUAAAUGCAUCUACUGUUAUGUACAACAAAUCAGAACAAAUAAAAAAAAUUAAAAAAUAACUUCUCUGACACAGACUUUUUGGAGGUAAAUAUGCAGUCCUAAGUUAUAAUAUGAAUGAAAUGAGACAAAUUGAGUUAUGUGGUAUUCACAUUCAGUGACUAUAAAGGUACAACGAACUAAUAUCACUCAGUGAGUUCACAGUCCAUCAUUAGUUGGCAUAUUUCAGUGGAGAGAAGGAAUGGAAAUAGGCUUCAUCUCAGUAUUCAUGUCUCCUCAGACCGCCUUUCCCUCAUCUUCCUUUUUAAUUACAAAUCUCAGGAUAAUCUUUUUCAGAGAGAUAUGUUCCUUUUAUACAGGAGGCAGUCUGGGUAAUUUUGUUCUAAAUAUUUUCCAUACACUUUAAUCACCUACCUUUCCCCACUGGUUUCUGAAAGUACUGAGGGCAGAAACUAUUUCCAUUCUACUACCUUCCUUGGUGCAGACAGGCUGGGGAUAUCAAUCAGAAGUUUAUCUAUCACAUGUGGGUAAAUGUGGAGGUCUCAGAAAAAGUUUCACUCCAAUCUCAGUGAGAAGGGGAAGCAUUUCUGCUCUACAGUCCAAAACAUCUCUCUCCUAGUUUCCA